AUGAAACUUAAAGUGGUUUUGCUACUUAGUUUCCUUGUGAUUGCUACUGGAAAUCACCUCGAAGCUUAUCAAUAUGAUCAUCUCAGAAAGCUUCUCUUACAAUACUUCAAGGAUGUGAACGCUAUAACACAUGAAAACUCCAAAGAAACAUGCCCAAUUUGGUCUGAAGAUGAGUAUUUACCAGAAAAAGACGAGAACGUUGAUGUGGAUAGAUAUAUAGGCACAUUACUCCACAAGCAAUUUUGGCCUAAAACAUGUCCUCAAUCUAAAAUCCACGCAGAAGUAAUGAUUAGAAGACUUAAAGUCAGCCAACGAUAUGAAGAAAUUGGUAUGUCAUUUGCGAAAGGGCUGUUCAAAAAAUGCAAUGUUACGGUGAAACUUGUCGAUCCGAGAGAAUAUGGCACAGUAUAUAGUGACGAUUCUAAUCUACCUGAUGCUGUCUUCCUCCCGGGAGAUAUGAUUAUAUAUAUUAUG